AUGCGCCAAUUCAGGUUACUGGCGUCGCCCAAGGUAACCUACACCGGCCCCGGUCGUAAGGUUGCGGAUCGCAUAAAGGAGCAGUUCUCCGUUCAAAACGACUUCCAGGUUCGCCAAGUAAGAAAAGCGCUGAAGCGUUACAAGCGCACCGAGGAGCGGCGAUUGUUGGCGAAGCGCCGCAACAUUGUGCUCUCUGAGCGUAAUGUAGACAAGUCUAAGCAUCGCAACCCGGCUGACAAAAGGGCGUUCAAGAUAGUGUCUAAAUACGAGGUUCACGAGAACCCGUACACCCACUUUCUACGUCCACUGGAAAAGCGCACUGAGAAGAACCCUUUGGGGAAGGCCACUGUUAAACCUGUACGCAUGGGUAUUCCGCUGGACACUGCUGCCGGGCUUUAUGAGGGUGCCUCGCCCGUUGCGCAGCGUCCUUCAGGGACUCCGCAGGUAUCCACCCUUCAGUUCAUCGGAAGUUACAUACACACUUCGACGCUGCCUUCCCUGUACUUGCCUGAAAUAUGCCUAGUCGGUCGAAGCAAUGUGGGGAAGUCGUCUUUCAUUAAUACCCUGAUGACGUACAUCAAGACCCGCCGUAAGAGCUGCGACAUGGCGUAUGUCUCAAAAACACCUGGGUACACGAAAUGCAUCAAUAUUUUCAAGGCUGUUGACGUCAAGGGUCGCGACGUUUUGUCUAUAACGGACCUGCCAGGUUACGGUUACGUGAAGAUCAAAAACCGUGAGACCGUGCGUGCCAUGGACAGCGCCCUCCGUGCCUACUUGCAACGACGUAAUGAACUGAAGCUGAUCCUGUUCCUCAUAGACGGCAGCAUCGAACCUCAGGAGUCUGACACGGCAAUACACGAAAUGCUGAAGGCCCUUGGAAUACCCUACCUUAUGGUUUGUACUAAAAUGGACAAGGUGGCUCAAAACCAAGUACCAGGUCAGAUUCUGUUGUUCCGACAGGUGUACGACGUCAAGAGCCCUUUGCCAGUGGCGUAUUCCAAGUUCGGUGGUGCUGACCUGGGAGGUAUUUGGCGCGCCAUCUUUGACGCUUGUGACGACAAGUUCGAUCCAGCAAACUUGCAGAUAUCAGACGCCUACCAGAGUCUGAAGGAUGCUGAUUUCGAGAAAUACGUGCAGAGCCAGUCGAUGGUGUCGACGAAGGAUUUGAAGAAGCUUAUUUACAAGAACUUCGAUCUGCUGCCCCAGAGCGUGCAAAGUGCCGACAUCGACCGCAUGAGCAAGGACGAAAUGCUAGACGUGUUGAGACUGGCUGCGGAGCGCUCCGACGCAAUUCGCUCCAAGCCGAUUGACUUGCUCGAGUACAAGAAAAAACAUAGCAAGAUGUGA